AUGAAAUUUAUAUAUAAAUUAUUAUUUAUAUUAUCAAUUGUAUUAUUCCUAUUUAAUAAUAUUAUAACAAUUAAUGGUGAAAUUGAAGAGGUUGAAGAAAUUAAUGAUGAAUGUUCAGGUGUAAGAUGUGAUAAAGUAGAUAAAUUAUUAUGUUUAACUUCUCACCGUCCAGUUGCACGUUAUAUAGAUCGUAAAAUGGCAAAAGAAAAAAAUGUUCUUUUAUGUUGUCCAAUUUGUUUAAUUCCUUCAACAUCUUUCUGUAAUCAUUCUACUUCAAGUUUACAUGAUCCAAAAUUAAAAUAUUUAUCUGGAAAUGUUUACACAUGCUAUGAUGGUGAAAAAGAAUGUAAUUUACACACUAAUGAAUGUGAAAUUUUACCACAAUAUAGAUAA